GCGCCGCCGGUCGUCAGUCCCAGCGCCCGCCUUACUGUGUCCGGUGUCCCUGGCGUCGCGAGGCCGGCCUGCCCCCCACCAUGGGCCUGGAGCUGUACCUGGACUUGCUGUCCCAGCCUUGCCGCGCCGUCUACAUCUUCGCCAAGAAGAACAGCAUCCCCUUCGAGCUGCGCACCGUGGACCUGCGCAAAGGCCAGCACCUCAGCGAUGCCUUUGCCCAGAUCAGCCCCCUGCAGAAGGUGCCUGUCUUGAAGGAUGGGGACUUCACUUUGACUGAGAGUGUGGCCAUCCUGCUGUAUAUGACCCGCAAGUAUAAGGUCCCUGACCACUGGUACCCCCAGGACCUGCAGGCCCGAGCCCGCGUGGAUGAGUACCUGGCGUGGCAGCACAUGGCCCUGCGGAGAAACUGCCUCCGGGCCCUGUGGCAUAAGGUGAUGCUCCCUGUUUUCCUGGGUGAGCCGGUCUCUCCCGAGAUGCUGGCGGCCACGCUGGCAGAGUUGGAUGUGACCCUGCAGGUGCUUGAGGACAAGUUCCUCCAGGACAAGGCCUUUCUUGCCGGGCCCCACGUCUCUCUGGCUGACCUGGUAGCCAUCACAGAGCUGAUGCAUCCUGUGGGUGCUGGCUGCCAAGUCUUCGAAGGCCGACCCAAGCUGGCUGUGUGGCGCCAGCGUGUGGAGGCAGCAGUUGGGGAGGUCCUCUUCCAGGAGGCCCAUGAAGUCAUCCUGAAGGCCAAGCACUCUCAGCCUGCAGACCCCACCAUAAAGCAGAAGAUGAUGUCCAGGGUGCUGGCCAUGAUCCAGUGAGCCUGGAAGCCUUUCUCCUGUUCUACCCUUGGCAGUUCACAAAGCACCUUCAUUUCCAAUGUCUCAUGGGAGGGGGACCUGGAGAGCAGGAGUGACUUGCCUGAGUCCCACAGCACCUUUGCUCCCUGGGCCACGUCCUCUCCCCACCCCAUCUUCACAGCUGCCUGAAAGUCAUGAUUAGCCCUGAUCUUGUCUCCUUUAACGACUGCAUUUUCUUUUCAGUUUGGGAAAUAAACCUGGGCUCAGCCUGAGCCUCUGCUUCUAAA